AUGCAAGGNUCCAAGGUCGACCCCUUGGAGGGGGUGGGUUGGCGUCGUGUGGGAGGCGGGGUAGUCUCACACCUUGGCGUCAACCCUCCUUGGCUGGCGGGUCUCGUGGCCAUGAUCCGGCCCGGCCGCGCCUUCCGGGAGGCGUCACCCAGCGCAAAGCUUGAAAAUGCUCUUGGUCCGACCCCCCCAGUUUUCCCGAACUGGUUCCGGGCCGGGUUUCACGUGCCACCCUGCCUGAGUAGUGGAGGCACUACUCAGAGGGAGAAUCUGGAGAAACAUGGCGUGUGUAUCCGGGUGCUGGGCGACUUGAAUAUGCUGCCUCUCGACCUUCAGCAGCUUAUUGCCAAAGCUGUGGUCUCAACCAAGACGCACAACAAAUGUUUUCUGAAUGUGUGCUUUGCAUACACGUCCAGAUAUGAAAUCACUAAUGCAGUCAGAGAAAUGGCUUGGGGGGUGGAGCAGGGCCAGAUCAAAGCAAGUGAUGUGUCAGAGGCGUUGCUGAGUGAGUGUUUGUACAGCAAUAAUUCUCCAAAUCCUGAUCUGCUCAUCCGCACCUCUGGGGAAGUGCGACUCAGCGACUUCCUUCUCUGGCAGUGCAGACAGUUCAUUGUUGCUUCUUCAGCAGAAAGCGUGGCAGAUCCAGUCUUUGUGCUGACCUUGUUCAUGGCCGGGGUGUGA